AUUCAGGUAACACCACCAUAUUGUUACUUUUAUUUACAUGUAAGUAAAUUGUGAAAAUACGAAAUAAGUACGACUUGGCAAGCCAAUCUUGUGUAUUUGUUGACUGAAUGUACUUUAAGAUGUAUAGAAGUACAGUUUCGAUAAAAGCAUUCAAAAGUAGUUAAUGACGAUCCUAGUCCGAUGGCCUUCAUACAAACAAGGAAAAUCAAUUGCAUGGUAAAAGCCAAAGUACUGAAAACAAACUAAUCAAAUACUUUUAUUAUUUUACUUGACUUUUCCGUCGUCUUGCUUGAAUUGUCAUAGAUAGGCAGGCGUGCUAACUAUAGGAAUAAGGAAAAUGGAUCGGCCUGGAAGAUCUUCGAAACAUCAAAAUUCCCUUUUUUAAACCAAAGUGAAUAGCUGAAAAUGAAACUAGAGAAGUUAAAGUCUCUCUUUAUGGCAAGGCUCCUAAUUUGACCAAGACUCCUUUCAAAUUGUACGUACACCUGAGAGAUAAAUCAACUCAGUUAAGUAUUUCCUGUUUCACUCGUAGGUCUAGGAGAAUAUAAAUCAACAAUAAAUAGUAAAAAUGAAUUCCAAAACUCACAAAAGCCCUUUCUCAGUAUCAUACUAUUUCGAGAUUUUAUAACGAUUUAUACUUGAAAAAGAUAUGUCGGGUUAUACAGAAACAAAAGGUAUGCAAAAGUUCAAAUGGCUUCUCAUAAUGAAACAAUGAAAUACUUCAAAAAAUAGCUUUUCAGAGGUUAUAGUGAAAGAAUUUUUCUUAUCGGAAGAACGGAGAAAGGACCCCAUGACUGGUCAUUAUAAGAAGCGAAUCUAUCAGUCAAAGCCGUUUGUCCUUUGCAAAGCAUUAAUAAAAAAAAUGCAUUCGCACAAUUACCUUCCUAACGCUUUCACUAACGUUUCCAAUUUGAAUCAGCAAGUUUUACAAGCCAAUUAUGCGAUUCGUGGGCCUUUGACAGUUCUUGCCGAGGAAAUCCAAAAGGCCCUGCUGGAAAAACCUGAUGCCUAUCCGUUUCAAGAUAUAAUUUAUGCAAAUAUCGGUAAUCCACAUCAGUUUGGACAGCUACCCAUUACUUUUCUUCGUCAGGUGUUGUCCAUCUGCCAGUAUCCGGCUUUGCUAGAUCAUGCCCAUGAACCUUGGUUCAAAAAUAUUUUCCCAAGUGAUGUCGUUGAGAGGGCCAAGUUGCUGUUGAAAGGUACAGGCAGCGUUGGAGCUUACAGCGAUUCCCAGGGAAUCCCGAUUGUUCGCAAGCAUGUAGCAGAGUAUAUUCAAGAGCGGGAUAACUAUCCUUGUCAUCCUGACAACAUCUACUUGACAAGCGGCGCCACUCAAGGAGCUAAACUAAUCAUGACCUUACUUAUUACAGGAUCGUCUGAAGGAGCCAUGCUCCCCAGUCCUCAAUACCCUCUUUACGGAGCCUUAAUGGAUCUUUUGCAUGGAAAAUCAGUGUUGUACUACCUGUCUGAAAAGGACGAGUGGAAUGUAGACGUCGAGCAGUUCAAACAAGCGUAUGAAGACGAGUCAAAGAAGGGAACAAACGUUCGCCUAUGCGUAUUCAUCAACCCAGGAAACCCAACAGGUACCUGUAUGUCAGAAGAAUGUAUCGAAGAGAUGCUCCGAUUCGCAAAAAGAAAAGGUCUUGUCGUUAUUUCCGACGAGGUUUAUCAAAACAACGUGUUCAAAAAGAAGUUUACUUCGUUUCGUAAAGUGUUAUGUGACCUUGAAACGCGCGAACCAGACUCGGAUUGGGACAAGGUUUCUCUCAUAUGCAUAAACUCUGUUAGUAAAGGACAGUUUGGUGAGUGUGGACAACGAGGUGGCUACAUCGAUAUCAUGAACGUUCCUUCCUUUGUAAAAGAUUUAAUUUUAAAGCUGGCAACCAUUGAUAUUUGUGCCCCAGUGACGGGUCAACUGCUUGUCGAUUUGCUAGUACGACCCCCGAAAGCAGGUGAACCCAGUUAUAAAUUGUAUUCCCAGGAAAUUGAGAAUAUUCACAAAGACAUGGAAAAGCAAUGCCAAAUACUGUAUGAAGCUACCAAGCGCAUGAAAUAUGUUACUUGCCAAGAGCCUCAUGGUGCAAUGUAUUUACAUCCUAAUAUUCGUUUACCACAAAAGCUCGUUCGAGAAGCGAAUGAGAGUAACAUUGAACCUGAUGAGCUUUAUUGUUUACGGAUUUUGGAGCGUACUGGCAUAUGUUUAGUUCCUGGAAGCGGUCUUUGUCAAAAAGAAAAUGACUACCACGUCCGAAUUACCUUUUUAGCAAAAGGAUCUGAAUACGUCGAACGUUUAGUUGAGGCUCAUAAUGCUAUCAUAAACGAUUACGAAAAUUAGGAUCGCAUACCAGGUUCAUUUUUGCUUCCAUAAUGAUACCUCCUCAACAUGUUCAUCAUUCUAGUGAGAUUUAUCUACUCCCUCAGUUUUCUUAUGAUAACGUUUUCUAAUACUUUUUAAUGAGUCCGAAAUAACUCAGCAUGCCAUUUGAUUGUAUGUUUUCCUUCAUUUUGAAUCGUGUAUUUUUACGAUAUUAUGAUAUACAUUUCAACUUUACAAACCUUGUAGCUAUCAUGAAUUUCCUAGUUAGUUUUAAAUAAAUGAACUUUUUUUAAAUACCCAAAAGG